UGAACAUCUGAGAAAUGUUAUGAAAUCACACAUGUAUAUCAGAGAAGUGAUGAGUGGACAGUUCUCACUCAGCUCGGCUGGAGGAAACUGGAGCGUUUGACAGAAAGCAGCUCUGCAGGGACGAUAACGAGGUGGACACAGCGAGGACGCUCGUCUUAAAGGACAACAGAGGGACAUCGCCGUCAUGACAGACUAUCGCUACAAGAAUGAGAUGGACACCACUGCACUGUGGACCAAAGAUCCUGUGCCCGCCUUCCUCUCAGGUGUCUCCAGGUUCAGACGCUGGUUGUUUCCUGCUCUGACAGCUGCAGUCAUCCUGAUCCUGAUCAUCGCACUGGGAGUCAGCAGCACAAAGACGUCCAAUCGUGUGUGGUCGAUGGAACAACAUGUUUCCAACCUGAGCAACGUCAUCCAAUCACUGAACAGCUCCCUGCAGCUGGCUGAAGAACGAGCUAAAGAAGCUCAGAAGCUGCAGUUUGCUGUGGAGAAGAACAAGGAGCAGCUGAUCUCAGUGUCUGAGGCGUUGAAGCAGCUGUCGAUGGUUGAUUCUCUCAGCAGGAGCGUCGCUGCGCUCAAAUGUUCCCUCCAACGCAUCAUCAACAACAGCUCAGCAGGAGACGGGUGUUGUCCUAUCGGCUGGGAUCAGUUGGACUUGAACUGUUUCUUCUUCAGCCAGACGGUUCUGUCCUGGAACGAGUCCAGAGUGUGGUGUGACAGAGAGGGAGCUCACCUGCUCAUCCUCCGCACCGACAAGGAGUGGGACUUUGUGACCCGUCAUACAGGUCAUCUGCUCCACUGGGUCGGUCUGUCCGACUGGAGGACCGGGCGCUGGGAGUGGAUCAACCGGACUCCGUACAUAAUGGAGCGCAGGCGCUGGGUGCCGGGGCAGCCCGACAGCUGGACCGGUCACGGCCUCGGUGGCGGAGACGAAGACUGUGCUCACCUGCACAACGGACGUCUGAACGACCUGCACUGCUCCUCCAAGAUCCGCUACAUCUGCCAGAAACACAGCAUGCGUGGCUGAGCAGACACAACCUCACAGGUUCGACUUGUACGUCACAUGUGCGUAGUCUCACGACACCACCUUCACAUACGUCUCAGUCCAGAGCGCCGUGAUGCUGCGCCGUCAGCUCCUCCCACCACAGCACCAGAACAAGUUCUACAUAUUCAUGUCCUCGGCUUCUUCAGAGUCCUCACACAGCUCAUCCCUCUGCAGCCUGAACCAGAGCACCACAGAAUGACCCGGAACUCAUCAGGGAUACAGAACAUCUGUGAUGAGCUCCAGUCAGAACCUCAUAGAACCUCACAGGACAGUAACAACAUCCUGAGAACUUGUUGUGUGUGUUGUGUACGAAGCUUCACUCUGUCUUUAAAAUAUAUCUUCUGUCAACUUUCUGCAUUAAAAUGUGUAAAAACAA